AUGGACGACCACGCAUCGGGCUCGCGGACGAACGCCGCUCCGCCGAGUCCGUCCGGGUCUACCAGUACCGCUGGGAUCGUCUGGCGUAAUGGCCAACCUGUGUUGCAGAUGCAGGACGCGGUAGUGGAGACUGUUGUCACUCACACCACCCGAACCACCACUUCCUUUGCGCCAAUCUCCCUCCCUCGGCUACCGGAUCCCGACCACCUCCCCAUCCCGACCCACCUUCCCGCCGAGAUAUACCCUCUCGCCACCGAGCCCAUCCCGGAGGACAUGAAGUUCUUUGCGAUGCACAUUGGCGGCCAGCGGGUCAUCGUCCAGGAGGAUGGUACACCUGCUGGACCUUCCCAGAUGCUUCCGCUCGAGACGGGCGGCGCAGGCUGGCGGCGGACCAUGCAGAGCUCGGGAUUCCGCAAUGAGAUGCCCCGUGUGGGUCUGGCGGGCGCUUUGUCGGGAAUGAAGGGCAAGGAGGCUGUAAAGGACAUGCGGAAGCGACCGCUGAGCUUCACAAGAGCUGGCGGGCCGUCUACUGCGCCCACGCCGCCAGUGACGGGCGUGCGAGGGCAGAGUCCGCCUCGGAAGCGGGUCCGAGGGCUGGACGAGACCCACCCUCGCGAUGGGGCGCUGCUAUCGCCUCUGCCGUCGCCGGAGCAAGAAGCGUCCAGCUCGUCCAAGGCGAAGCAGGCAUCUGCUUCAAGCUCUCCCAAGCCAAAGCAGAAACCAAACGUCGGCAGCGGUAACGAGCUCGCCGCUCUCUUUUCCCUUCCUACCCUCGUCACGCAAUUCGAGACACUCCCCGACAAGCUGCAACAGCACGUCAUGAUGCAAUUCCUGCGUCGGUCUCGAAUGCCGACUAUCCAGCGGCUCACCUCGUUUGCCGCCAUCGCGCUCAAGCGGGAUUUCAUCACGACGCUACCGCACGAGCUGGCGGUCCAGAUUCUGCGGUGUGUCGAUACCCAAACGCUAGCGCGGUCCACGCGGGUUAGCCAGAAAUGGAAGCGGACGAUCGAUUCCGAGCGGGCGGUAUGGAAGCAGCGGCUGGUGGAUGAUGGACUGUGGCAGGGGCUGGGGACGGAGGAGGAGGAAGAGGGCUUAAUGAAGCAGCGGAUGGAGGUGCUGCGGUGGCAUGGCCGGAUCAUGCCCAAAGGGGGUACGCCGAGCGAGGAAGAGCUCAUGGACAUGCCAUCUGCUGGUCCAUACCCAACCUUUUCGACUUCGAUGGAGCCAGAAAUGGCCAUCCCGCUCAAACACGUCUACCGGCGCCGGUACAUGGCCGAGCAGAACUGGCUGAAUCGGACGCCAACACAUCGCUCGUUCCCGGGUCAAGGGAUGAACGUGGUCACCUGUACCCAGUUCGACCGGGACAAGAUCAUCACGGCGUCAGACGACCACUCCAUUAAUAUCUAUGAUAUUCAACAGGGAUCGCUCAAGCGCCGUCUGGACGGGCACGAGGGCGGGGUAUGGGCGCUGGAGUAUAGGGGAGAUACCCUCGUGACAGGCAGCACGGAUAGGACGGUCCGGGUAUGGGAUCUGGAGACGUACGAGGAGGUCCAUACGUUCCAUGGGCACAGCAGUACCGUUCGAUGUCUCCAGAUCGUCGAGCCGGUGCUGGAUGAGGCAACGGGCGAGUACAUGCCGCCAUACCCCAUGUUCGUGACGGGGAGUAGGGACUCGAGUCUGCGGGUCUGGAAGCUGCCAAAGAAGGGCGAGCCGCGGUGUAACACAUACGUGAGUCUGCGAACCAUGCGUGCUGGAUUUGAGCUGAAUUUGCAGAAUGAAGAUGGGAUAGAGGAGAUUCUCAAGCCAGAGGACAACCCUUUCCACCUGCACUUGCUGGCGGGUCACUCCCAAGCUGUCAGGGCGAUCGCUACGUACGGCCGGCUAUGCCUUUCGGGCUCAUACGACUGCACCGUCCGAGUCUGGGAUAUCAUCAAGGGUACUUGCUUGCAUGUUCUCACUGGCCACGAGGCGCGAGUCUAUAGUCUGGUUUACGAUCGGUUCCGCAACCGCUGCGCCUCCGGGUCCAUGGACAAUACCGUGAAGGUAUGGGACGUCGCAACCGGCGAAUGCCUGCAUACGCUAUCCGGCCAUACCGCCCUCGUCGGUCUCCUCGCGACAUCGCCCAACUACCUCGUCUCGGCCGCGGCAGACGCCUCGCUCCGGAUCUGGGAUGCCAAUACCGACUCCCUGAAGCACAUCCUCGGGGCGCACGGCGGCGCCAUCACCUGUUUCGCGCACGACGAGACCAAGGUCGUCUCGGGGUCGGAGGGGAGUAUCAAGCUCUGGGACAUCCGGACGGGGCAGUACAUCCGGGAACUGGUCGUCGGGAUCCAAUCGGUCUGGCAGGUCGUCUUCAAGGACAAUAUCCUCGUCGCUGCGACGUCUCGGGCGGGAGCGACCGUCUUCGAGAUCUUCGACUUUGGGGAGCUGGACGACUGUAGCGGGCUGGACGACGCGCGGCUGGACGGAUACGCCAAGCCCGCGUGGGAGCGGGAUGAUCCUCGCGAGCCGCAGGCGUAUCAAUUUGACGAU